AUGGCUUUCAAUCUGCAAGCCCGUGAGCCCGAGUACCCUAUCGCCCCCCGGGACAUCUCACAAGUAGCUCCGGAAGCCGUGAAGGCUCUCACCACGGGCGAAUUCAGGGCCCAUCAGCCCGGUGACAUUGGUGCGGGAAGCCCAACGGCAAAGGCCGCUGUAUCAUACAAUAAGUGGUAUCCGGUGCUCGGAACGGAAGUUCUCUCCUGGUCCUCCAGAAAUGGAGCACUUGUCCAGCGCGAGGCCGAGGCUGAGCCUCUUAUUCUUCCCAUGGGAAGAAACGUUUAUGCUGUGCCUCGCGACCGCAUCGGCAUUGUUUUUGCACUCAAUCGCAAGAAUGAGUGCGCUGGGGCGGUCAUCGCCAGAGGCAUGGCCCGCAGGGCAGCUAAGAAACAAGGCUUAGCCAGCUCAGAUGUCGUGGCUGGGCCUCGAGCCCGCUGGAUGGUCCGCACAAGGAUGAGUGGGGAUUCCAUGCUGGAGCAGCCAGUCUCGGUGAGAUCGGGGGAUUUCGUGGUCCUGGCUCCAGGCCAAGAGCUCUACCUGCUGGACGAGGACCGCAAAUGUGCGGAUAUGUCGGUCAUUUGGACCGAACACCAACUGUAUGCCGACCCAGCAUCAAAGGAGGAGUCGGACGAAAAUCAAACUGAGACGGAGCUCACCGAGGGGGAGGUGAGCGAGGAGAAGCUGCCGGAGAAGGAGUAG